CGAGGUCGAGAGGUCGAGAGGUCGAGGAAGCGUCCACGUCGUCAUGCCCGCGACGGCGACCGCGUCGACGGCGUCGAUCGCGUCGCGCGCGUCCGGCGGCGUCGGCGGUCGACGCGCGCAUCGGCGGCGGACGCGAGGCGCGCGAGUGGGCACCGACGUCGUCGUCGCGACUCGGGCGCGAUGUCGUCUUCGUCGCGACGCGCGCGACGACGACGACGACGACGACGACGCGUCGUCGUCGUCGUCGUCGUCCUCGCCGUCCGCGAUCCGCCGCCGCGAGCUCGCGCUGGGCGCGACCGCGGGCGUCCUCCUGCCCCCCGCCUCCGCGUCCGCCGCGACGGGCGCGCCCCCCGCGAUCGCGACGACGGAACCCGACGUGACGCACGUCGUCUUCCUCGACGUCGCGCUGUGCGACGCGAACCUCCGCGCGGACCGCGCGAUGGGCGGCGGCGGCGGCGCGCUGUGCGAGAACGCCGCGCCGCUCGGCCGCGUCGAGAUCGGACUCUACGGCGACGCGGUCCCGACGACGGUCGCCAACUUCCUCGCGCUCAUCCCGCCGAGGUGUCCGCCGGGGGACGGGUACGUGCGCACGGUGUUCCACCGCGUGAAGAAGGGCGAGUACGUGCUCGCCGGCGCGCCGGGGUCGAACCGUCUGGGUCAGACGCAGAUCCCAACGACAAGCGCGAACGACGAGGGUCGAACCGCCGGCGAGGGCGCGUUCCAGCGGUCGAACCCGGACGCGUUGAACGGUCGCGCGCUGUCGCGGCGGCACUUUCGACCGGGGACGGUGUCGCUCGCGCUCGGCGCCGCCGUCGGCGGCGGCGACGGCGGGUUCGAGCGCGCGUCGCCGACGGAAUUUUUGAUAACGACCGGCCCGGGUCCGGCGCCGUCGUUGGACGGCGAGAACGUCGUCUUCGGCAGGGUGUUGAGAGGGCUCGACGUCGUCGCCGCGAUCGCGGACGUUCCGACGUUUAAACCGAGCGGGAACUCGAUCGCGUGGAACCAAGUCGCGGAGUGGUUCGGGGACGACCGCGCCGCGAAGGCGAGGGCGGUGUGGACGAAGCCGACGAAGGCGAUCGUGAUAGAGAACGCGGGGGUGUUGAGCGCGCCUUGAGACGGCACCGGGCGCGGUGGGUCGAGCGAUGCCGGGAACGAGGCGCGGUAUGAGUAGUAUCAAUUGUAUAUUCAUCAUAAGGUUAAGACG